CAGAUUAAUCACCGCCCAUCUCAACCACCCGGAAACACUAUCAUUAAGGGUCAUUUGGCAUCGCGCUUCCAACAUGGCGGUGAAUCUCACAGACCUCUCCCUGCCUCAAUUAGAGGGACUGAAAACCCAACUAGACCAGGAGAUUGAGUUCUUGACGUCUUCAAUAGGUCAGCUCAAAGUGGCCCAGACCAAGUAUGUUGAAGCAAAAGAUAGUUUGAACGUCCUGAACAAAAACAAUAAAGGAAAAGAAUUGCUUGUGCCUCUUACCAGCUCUAUGUACGUCCCUGGAUCGUUACAUGACGUGGACAAUGUUUUAGUGGAUGUGGGGACAGGAUACUAUGUUGAAAAGAAAGUGGAAGACUCAAAGGCAUUCUUCAAACGCAAAAUAGACUUCCUUACAAAGCAGAUAGAGAAAAUUCAGCCAGCCCUUCAGGAAAAACAUGCCAUGAAACAAGCUGUGAUUGAAGUAAUGAAUGUGAAGAUCCAGCAACUACAACAGAGCCAGCAGACAUCACAGAUGGUUGGACCCACCAAGGCUUAAUGACAACACCUGUUUGAACUCUACAUGACUGGGGGGGGGGUUAAGUGUUUGUCUAGAAAACUUUCAUCUGCUGUUGUAGGACAAGGAAAUAGCCUCCACUAAUCUAAUGAAGUCAUGUUAAAUAGUAUGGAAUAAAGAUUUUUUUGUGCACAAUGUUUGUCACCAGUAAAUUAUGAAGAGGUGUUGUCAUGGUAACGCAGUCGUGUACUCAAUUUUAAACUACUUUAAUUGGGUAUCCAAUUAGUUUGCAUAAUUAAAGCGCUCACUGUGCAUUCAAGGAA